AUGACACAAGGAAAGUCAUGGGAGGCGCUGGCCGCCCAGAAGCGUGAGCAGCUGGCGGCAUCGCUGCCCAAGCAGUGGCUGGUGCCGGACGAGCUGCUGCCGCCGGCGGACCAGGACGACAUCACGGGCUGGCCGGCGGCGUCAGGGUGGUUCACGCCCGAGGAGCUGCGCAUCACCGAGUCGACGGCGUCGGAGCUGCUGCCGCAGCUGGCGUCGGGCGCGCUGACGAGCGUGGCGGUGACGCAGGCGUUUUGCAAGCGCGCCGUGGCCGCGCAGCAGCUGCUCAACUGCCUGGCGGAGACGUGCUUCGACCGCGCGCUGGCGGCGGCGGCGGCGCGCGACGCGCACCUGGCGCGCACGGGGCAGCCGGUGGGCCCGCUGCACGGGCUGCCGGUGUCGCUCAAGGACAACAUCAACGUCAAGGGCCUGGACUCGACGGUGGGCUUCGCGUCGCACGUGGGCGACCCGGCGGCCGAGGACGCGGCGCUCGUGGCCGUGCUCGAGGCGGCCGGCGCCGUGCCCUACGUCAAGACCAACGUGCCGACGGCCAUGAUGAUUGCCGAGACGGUCAACAACGUCUUUGGCCGCACCAUCAACCCGCUGCACCGCGGCGUCACGCCCGGCGGCUCCUCCGGCGGCGAGUCGGCGCUCAUCACCUUUGGCGGCAGCUGCCUGGGCGUCGGCUCCGACAUUGGCGGCUCGCUGCGCAUCCCCGCCGCCUGCACGGGCCUCUUCACGCUGCGCGCGUCCGGCGGCCGCUUCCCCGUGCGCAACUGCCGCUCCGGCAUGCCCGGCCAGGAGGCCGUCAUGUCCGUCAACGGCCCGCUGGCGCGCACGCUCGACGACAUCGAGGCGUACACGCGCGCCGUGCUCGGCGGCCGGCCCUGGCUGCUCGACAGCAAGUGCCUGCCCAUCCCCUGGCGCGCCGCGGCCGCCGUCGACGUGCCCAAGACGCUGACCAUUGGCGUGCUGUGGCACGACGGCGUCGUGCGGCCCACGCCGCCCGUCGCGCGCGCCCUGAAGCUGGCCGUUGCGCGCCUGGCCGCCGCCGGCCACACGCUGGUCGACUGGGACCCCGUGGACCAGGCCGAGGGCGCGCGGCUGCUGUCGCGCAUGUUUGUCGCCGACGGCGGCAAGACCAUCCAGUACGAGCUGGACCGCACGGGCGAGCCGCUGCGGCCCGAGAUGGCCAUGUACGGCGCCGCCACGGAGCUGGGCACCGCCGACAUGUGGAAGCUGCACAUGGAGCGUACCGCGUACCAGGGCAGGUACCUCGACCGCUGGAACGCGGCCGGCCUCGACGCCAUCCUGUGCCCGACCAUCCCGUUCAACACGGUCAAGCACGGCGCCUUUGAGCACGUCGGCUACACCGGCGUCUACAACGUGCUCGACUACGCCUGCAUGUCCUUCCCCACCGGCCUGCUCGUCGACAAGGUCAUUGACCAGCCCGUGGACCCGUCGAGCGCGGCGUACGCGCCGCUCAGCGAGGCGGACCAGAAGGUCGCCGCGGGCUACGACGCCGACACGAUGCACGGCUUGCCCAUCAGCCUGCAGCUGGUGGCGCGGCGGCUGGAGGAGGAGAAGGUCAUUGGCAUGUGCCGCCGCGUGCUGGCCGCCAUCGCGGAGCCGACUGUCAACGGCGUGCACGCAUAG